AUGCUACGUUCCCCAACACUCCAGCUUGCGGUGUCCCGUGCAUGGCCGGUGCAUCAGUUGGAUGUCUCCAACGCGUUCCUCCAAGGCCACCUAGCCGAGCUGGUCUACUGCCAGCAACCCACUGGAUUCAUUGAUGCUGCACAUCCUGAUGAUGUGUGCCUGCUCUCCCGUUCACUAUAUGGGUUGAAGCAGGCACCGAGGGCGUGGUACCAGCGCAUCGCCGCUUUUCUACAACAGAUGGGCUUCCGAGCUACUCGCUCCGACGCUUCCCUGUUUGUGUAUCAUCACGGCCAUGUGACUGCAUACAUGCUUCUCUACGUCGACGACAUCAUCUUCACGGCCUCCUCGGCUAAGCUUCUCGGGCAGCUCAUUGCUCAUCUCAGUGCUGAGUUUGCCUUGAAGGACUUGGGUCCGCUUCACUACUUCCUCGGUAUCGAGGUCAUUCGACGACCUGAUGGCUUCUUCCUUCAUCAACAGAAGUACGCACAUGAGCUUCUUGAGCGCGACGGCAUGCAAAAUUGCAAGGCCGUCGCCACUCCCGUUGAUACGAAGGCGAAGCUUUCCGCCCUUGAGGGCUCCCCUGCUCCGGACGGUCCGUUCUAUCGCUCUAUCAUGGGCGCUCUGCAGUACCUGACCCUCGCCCGGCUGGAUUUGCAGUAUGCGGUGCAGCAGGUGUGCUUACAUAUGCACGCGCCACGGGACACUCACCGGAGCCUGGUGAACCGGAUUCUUCGAUACAUCCACGACACUAUGGCUUUUGGUCUCACUUUGACGGCAUCACCCUCCACCGACUUGGUCGCCUACUCUGAUGCGGAUUGGGCCGGUUGUCCGGACACUCGACGCUCUACCUCCGGCUACUGCGUCUACCUCGGGCCGUCGCUCAUCUCUUGGUCAUCUAAACGACAAAAUACGGUGUCCCGCUCUAGCGCUGAGGCGGAGUACAGGGCGGUGGCCAAUGCCGUCGCCGAGUGCUCCUGGCUACAGCAACUACUUCAGGAGUUGCAUCAUGAUGUGUCACAUGCCACACUCGUGUACUGUGAGAACGUCUCCGUUGUCUACCUCUCCACCAACCCUUUUCAUCAUCGCCGCACGAAGCACAUCGAGCUCGACAUACACUUCGUGCGUGAGCAGGUGGCUCUCGGGCGUAUUCGCGUCCUGCAUGUUCCCACCGCGCAGCAGUUUGCGGAUGUUAUGACCAAGGGGUUACCGACGUCUAUCUUUGAGAAGUUCAGGUCAAGUCUAUGCGUCACCGGUGACGUAUCGAUUGCAGGGGGUGUUGAGUAUGAUCAUUGUCGCAUAUACGUUAGGCAGCUAGGAUUGUGUUCUAUUAUUUCCUAG